UAAACUCAAUUGAAGUCACCAGCGAGAACUGAAGCGUGAUGCUCAGUUAACGCGGAAUCAUUUAGCAAAGCAGUAGUGGAAGAAUGACUGGGAGAGAUGGAACUCAGAUUAAUGGCUGUUCCUCUGCCCCUGCAUCUUGUCUAUGAGGCUGGCAGUGGUGUGUGGGCGGCCUCACCAGCUGGGAUCAGGGGGAUGGAGAAGGCUGUUAUCUCACGCUGCCUUUAAUACAUUUAUAACACCACCCAGCACAACUCCGCUGGUUUUAUUUUUGCACUGUUACUAGCUGGAAUUGGAAGUUAGAAAUAUUUAUUUGAUGAGCAUUUCUGCAUUGUAAUUUAUUCUUCUCAUCUGUUCACUUGUAACUAUGCACGAUGCCCGACAUCUGUCCAACUUUACAUUGUUGAAUGUACACUUAGUUUGUAUCAGAAAUGUGGACGCAGUAGGUCAGCACACUUAAUGAGACUGAAAAGACAGAACACAUGAUGACAUGUUUGUAGGAGGUCUCUCUUCCCUUCCUCACUCCCUCCCUCCGCGUGUGUGUGUCUCUCUCUUCCUCUGUGUGAGCGGGUGUUACUGAGCAUGCAAUGAUUGUUAGUAAGAGCCAGUGAGGCAUCUAUAUAAAAGCGGAGAGUGACUUAUAGAAAGCGACAGCGACGCAUUACAGCCACCUGAAGACCGAGGUCAUAUCUGAGAGUUAAGACAUGGACUGCCACAAUGAAGAACGCAGCAGACCCCAGGAGGAGGAGGACAUCAUGGACAUCCCACUGGAUGACCCUGAGGCCAACAGGGCGGCCGCCAAGAUCCAAGCUGGCUUCCGUGGCCACAUGACCCGUAAGAAGAUGAAGCCAGAGGACAAAGCAGAAGGAGAGGAGAGGCAGGAGGAUCGGAGGCAGUAGUGAGGGAUGACACAGCUGUGCCAGAGCAGUGACACCCUUGUCCUGGCAUGGAUGAAGAGAGAGAGAAAUAGGUGGAGGCUCAGCAACGUAGCAAGCAAGUAUGGUUGCCUGGCACAAGCUGGCUAAGUUGGUUUUCAGGCGUACCUAUUUACCACAGGAGUUUCAUUUUUUCCUAUUCAACAUAAAUUAGUGGUAGAAGAUGAACAAUUUGAGAAUGUUUUUUGGUGAACUUUAGCACUCCUUCUUCUGCUUCUCCAGCAGUCUUCAUCAGUCAGUAAAUAUGUUUUUGACCCAGGAGUGUCAACUUCACUGCAUGUACUUGUGAAACUUCUGGUUAUGCGCUAGUUUUAGAUGAUCUGUGAAUGUGAAAAUGAAUGUCCUCGAAAUGCAUAACAGGGCUUUUUUUGGAAUAGUCUGUGUAUAAGCCUUGUGUGCAUCAUCAGUAAACCUCUAUGACUUAAAUUGUUGGUGAUUUGUGCAGUUUUGUUACAUGCUUGUAUCUUAAUAUUAUUUACUCAUUGAUUCGCUUGAAAAAGUCAUUAAAGAUUUAAAUAAAAUCUGCUAAAAGUA